AUGGUUUUUCAGAUCCGUGGCGUUUUUGUACCUCUUUUCUUGACAUUCUUAGCUGUUCUUGUGAUUUCAAGUAGUGCAUUACAAGCAAACUUAAGGGGGAAGCAUUCUGGGAACUCAAAUUCAUUAUCCCAGGUCAAUUCCAAUUCAGUUCUUGUAGCGCUUUUGGAUUCUCACUACACUGAGCUCUCAGAACUGGUGGAAAAAGCACUUUUGCUACAAACCCUUGAAGAAGCAGUGUCCAAGCAUAAUAUAACCAUUUUUGCUCCUAAAAAUGAGGCCCUAGAACGGGAUUUGGAUCCCGAGUUCAAGAGGUUCUUGCUCGAGCCGGGGAAUCUGAAAUCCCUUCAAAAUCUGUUGCUUUUUCAUAUGAUUCCGACUCGAUUUGAGUCCAAGCAUUGGCCUGUAGAGGUAAACAAUCCAACCCAUCACACGAGCUUGUGUACUGAUGCCAAUGAUGAAAAAAUUCCGGUUAUUGGGAAAAAUGGGGAGAAAUUUGUGGGUAUGGCGAAGAUUAUCAAAGCAGAUGAUAUCAUUCGCCCCGAUGGGAUUAUUCACGGAAUUGAACGAGCGUUGAUUCCAAAGUCCGUUCAAAUAGAUUUCAACACUAGGCGCAGUUUGAGGUCCAUAUCUGCAGUGUUACCAGAGGGAGCACCGGAAGUCGACCCAAGAACCCACCGGCUGAAGAAACCGGCACCUCCAGUCCAAGCCGGUGCGCCGCCUGUGCUGCCCAUUUUCGACGCCAUGGCACCCGGUCCUUCCCUGGCUCCAGCGCCGGCACCUGGGCCAGGAGGACAUCACCACCAUUUCGACGGCGAAAGUCAGGUGAAUGAUUUCAUCCAAACUCUUCUCCAUUACGGUGGGUACAAUGAAAUGGCCGAUAUUUUAGUCAAUCUCACAUCAUUAGCUUCUGAAAUGGGAAGAUUAGUCUCUGAAGGGUAUGUUCUUACGGUUCUUGCACCAAAUGACGAGGCUAUGGCGAAACUAACCACGGAUCAAUUAAGCGAACCUGGGGCGCCGGAGCAGAUAAUGUAUUAUCAUUUAAUUCCUGAAUACCAAACAGAAGAGAGUAUGUACAAUUCAGUGAGGAGAUUUGGGAAGGUGAAGUAUGAUACUCUGAGAUUGCCACAUAAAGUGGUAGCGGAGGAGGCUGACGGGUCUGUAAAAUUCGGGCAAGGAGAAGGAUCCGCUUAUUUGUUCGACCCGGAUAUCUACACAGAUGGGCGAAUAUCUGUUCAGGGAAUUGAUGGGGUUUUGUUUCCAGCAGAGGACAACAAGCCUGUUCCUAAAUCUGUUCCUGUUGCUAAGGUUGUCUCUAAGCCAAGAAGAGGGAAGUUACUGGAAAUGGCAUGCACAAUGCUUGGAGCUUUUGGACAAGACUGUCAAUAA